GAACGUUUCGCAGUUGGAAUUAUCUGGUUCUAUCCAAAUCUAUUUCUCUAAUUUCGCUUUCUAAUUUCCCUCCCUUUUUAUCUCAUUCAGGUACCGACACUUGUACAAUUUUGUACGAUUAAUUGGCCACUCGAUGACCUUCUCCACCCUCCCGUCCGGUUCCUUAUCAGCUCAGACGCACCAGGACUUGCAGUUCCAGUUCGGGUUUCGCCUCCGGGCGUCUUUCUUGGACAGCAGCCGUCCCUCCCUCUCUUCCCUUCUUCCCCCCCCUCCUCUCUUUGUCUCUUCUCUCAACUCAAGGCAACGUUUGCCAGGCAGGAAAAAGAAAGAAAACAGCAAAAAAAAAGAAAUAAGAGCAAAAGAAAAAAAAAAAAGAAAGAAUAAAAGAAAAGAAAAGAUAGAGAGAUUCCACUAACUGCAGUUUGUUGGAGGACUUCCGUAAGAUUCUUGGUUGUUGAAGAAGAAAAUGGUAUUAACCCAUCAGGCAAGACGCACCGGUUCCUACGACAAGUUUCCCACCUCGCAGCUAUUUCUCUUGGGUAUGUCAUGCCUCUGUC